AUGUAUGGCAGUGAUACGAAAUUCCUGCUUUUUGCUGAAUACAUUGAACAUUAUAAACUGCAAGGUGUCCAGCACUUCUACAUUUAUGUGAAGGAUGUGGACCAAUAUACGGACAAGCUGAUAAAACAUUACGUAAAGAGUGGUGAGGCCGAAGUGGUGUACUUCAGAGAAAAGCAAGACAGACCGAGUAUCGAAUGGCAUCUUGUUGGCACGCAGGAUUGUAUUCAUCGAAGUCGAUAUCAUUCCAAUUACACGAUCUAUGCCGAUUUAGAUGAGCGUAUUUUGCCCACGGACACGAACACAACCCUAUCUGCCUAUACAACGAAAAUCAUGACGGAGAAGCCGAACAUCGGAAUGAUUCGAUUUGUGACGCAGUAUGUGCUGAAGAACGGCACAGAUCCCACUGUAUACGAGACCGAGUGA